ACAAAAUUGUCAUUGAGCCAGUUUAACCGUGGAGCGCACAAGAACAGACAACAAGAAGCAACAAAUAAACAAAGGACGACACAAAACCUGAAGUCAACCUGAUUCGUCUGCAUACUGCAUUUCUUUUCAUCAUGGAUGACACAAUGAGGAUCGUCUUGCUGGGAAAAACUGGAAUUGGGAAGAGCAGCCUGGCUAACACCAUAUUUGGAAAGAAUGUGUUCAAAGUCAAAUAUUUUUCAGACUCACAAGCAGUUUGUGAAGCAGCAACAUCUGGAUCUGUCAGCGAGAGACACCUCACUGUGAUCGACACUCCUGGUUUCUUCAGUCCAGAAAUGUCAGAGUGGGAGCUGAAGCGUGAGAUACAGAGGAGCAUCGCAGAGUGCCCUCCUGGUCCUCACGCUUUUCUCAUCGUGCUCAGAGUGGAGAAAUUCACAGAGCAGGAGAUGGCUGUCAUUAGAAAGAUCGAAGAAUAUUUUUCUGCAGAGGUUUUUAAAUAUUCUGCAGUUGUCUUCACAUGUGGCUCCCAGUUAUCUGAAGGAAUGAAAAUUGAGGCAUUCAUCAAAAAAGAAAAGCAUCUGAAAGAUCUGGUGGAGAAGUGUGGCGGUCGGUGUCACGUCGUCGAUAAUCAAUACUGGAACAACAGCAACCAGCAGCAUGAAUAUGAGAACAACCGCUUCCAGGUGACACAGCUGCUCAACACAAUAGAGAACAUGGUGAAGGGAAAUGAAGGAGGCUGCUACACCUCUGAGGUCCUGAAGAGACACAUACAGUCAACAGCCUUUCUCCCCAGGGUCGUCACAUUUAUUAAAAGAAAUGCAAGGAGAACAUCAGUGAAAAUCUUUUGCAAUGUAGCGCUGCUCAUAGGAGCAUACUUCUUUUAUAGAAGCUUCAAAACUGUAGCAGUUAUGAUUCAGUACCAAGGCUCAGAUGAAAGAAGGAUUGUCAUCCUGGGAAAAACAGGCAGUGGGAAGAGCAGCCUGGGAAACACUAUACUGGGAGACAGUCUGCUGAAGGUGAAAGCGUGUCCAGAGUCUGAAACAAGUUGGUGUCAAAGGGAAUCCAAAACUGUUGAUGGCAUACGCACCACUGUGUUUGACACUCCUGGCUUCUUUGAUACAAACAUGUCUGAAGAGGAGCUGAAGUGCGAGACGGUUAAAUGUAUUAAAGAGUGCGCCCCAGGUCCUCAUGCUUUUCUCAUUGUGCUCCAAGUGGCCAGAUACUCACAUCAGGAGAAAGACGUCAUCAACAAAAUACUUGGAUGUUUCUCAGAGGAAGCUCUGAAACAUGCUGUGAUUGUCUUCACGCAUGGUGAUGACCUCCCUGAGGGAGUGAAAAUCAAGGAAUUUGUUAGUAAAAGUAAGGAUCUAAGUCAUCUAAUGGAGAAGUGUGGCGGCAGGUGUCAUGUUUUUGAUAAUAAACACUGGAACAACAAUCCUGGUGACUACAGGAAUAACCAGUACCAAGUGAAGCAGCUCCUCAACACUGUGGAUAAGAUGAAAGAAAGAGGAUGCUACACCAAUGAAAUGCUUCAGGCAGUGUACAAAAAUCAGUGGGACUUUAAAACACUUUUGAAAAUCUUUGCUGGUGCCACAGUAGGAACAGUGUUGGGAGCAUUGUUGGAGUAA